AUGCCUGCGCCGGCCUGGUCCCGAGCACCCCACCCGGGAGGUGCAGGACUCCGCCGCGCGCCCACCAAUGGAGGGGCGCCCCGCGGCGCCGCGGGAAUCCGCCUUUGCCCGUGUGGAUUGAGCGUUCCGGGCCCGCAGGGCUGGGAGGACGGCGCGGGAGGAGGACGCGCGGGGCCGUCGCUCGGGCUCAUUUUCGGAUACCGGGUCAGCGCGACCCGGAGAGGGCGCGUGUGGCUCCGCAGCGCGGCGCGUCCCCGUCCCCGUCCCCGUCCCCGUCCCCGAGGGCGGCAAAGGGCCCCUCGUGUUCGCCGCCACCCUCUGCAGACUGGGUGCGGGAGGACCCCACGCCGCGGCGCGCCCGCCCCCGAGCUUGGGAACCUCGCGAGCCGCCCGGCUGAUUUCCGAAAGUCACCAGCAGAUGCGUCUGCCUCCCUGACCUGCCCGAAGGAGAUGAGCGGGUUCGAGGGCGACACCCUGACCGUGCGCUGCACCUACGGGGAGGAGCUCCGGACGCGCUCCAAGUACUGGUGCAGGGAGGGCGGGCUCAUCAUCUCCCGCUGCUCCAGAAAAAUCUCCGUGGGAGAGAACGGGCAGGAGGCCAGGCAGGGCCGCGUGUCCAUCCGGGACAGCCCCCAGGAGCUGGUGCUCACGGUGACCCUCAGGGACCUCACGCUAGCCGACUCCGGGAAGUACUGGUGCGGGGCCUCCAACGUGGGCCUGGGCUAUGCCUUCCCGGUCUCCCUGAAGGUCUUCCCAGGAGCAGAGAGACCCGGGGCAACCACCAGGGCCUGCUGCCCGCCCUCCCCCGCCCCCUCCUUCCGGCCCCCUCUGGCCGCCACCGCCAGCCUUCGGCCCAGGGCGGGAGCCCAGCCCCCGCAAGCCCCGGCACCGACUUCUCCUGACCGGCAUCCGACAGUCGCCGCCCCCCAGCAGGGGCACGGUGGGGUGGAGGCCUUGCCACACACAGAGACGGCCACUUCACGCCACACGGCCACCUCGAGCCACACGGCCACCUCUCCUCACGCUGCGGCCGCGUCUCCUCCUGCAGGGAGCUCCCGCCCAGCCGUGGUGCCUGACUUCUCUGCCACCGCCCCGGGGGACCCUGAUCCUGUCUCCAGCAGCCUCAGUUCCAUGCCCAGCAUGUACAUCCCCACGGCCCGCCAGCUGGCCCCAGUCCUGGUGCUCCUGUCCCUCCUGCUGGCUACAGGUGUCAUCUCCCUGGGUGCCCAUGUGCUCCGGGGCCGGAGGUCAGCUCUGCUGGCCUCAGGGACACCACGGGGUGAGAAGGUCCACUUCUCGGCAGCGGCCCAAGGGUGGGAGGAAGGCCCUGUGCCUUGCACGGCGUCAGAGGAGCCGGGCUGCCCCAACCCGGAGGUCAUCGCGGUGUAGCUGCAGACUCAGGGGCGUUGCGCGGUGGCCUUGCUCAAGCUCUCUCCAGCCCGCACCUGCCCUCCCCAGACUCGGGGGCCCCCACACUGAGCGACAUCCCCGGCCCUUUUAUUACUUUGAGGCAGGGUCUCCCUAAAUUGCUACUUUGUUCAGGCUGGGCGUGAACUUACAAUCCUCCUGCCUCGGCCUCCCAGAGGGCUGGGAUCAUGCCCGGUACCCGCGUGACCAAGAGACCAGGACACGGCUGUGCACCCUCACCUGGUGGGCAGGGCCCAGCAGUCACUCGCUGUCUCCCCUCCGACAAACCCCCACCCGCCCUCUGCCCUCCCGGGACCUCAGACCAGCACGGGGUGAGCCCUGACUUCACCCCAGGAUGAGUCUGUGAACCCCUGCACCUGGCCUUGGGGGAUGCUGAGCCCCACCGGGACCCCCAGAACCAUCUUGAGGUUGGGCCAGUGCCCAUCUCUUCCCCAGCCAGGGAACCCCAGACCGCCCACUUGAGGGGUCCACGCUGGGGCCCACCGGGGCUUCCUGGGGCAGGAUGGAAGAGCACCCAGAGACCACGCCCUGGAGGGCCGGGUCAAGAAGGAGAGCCAUAUAGAUGUGUUUUUUCUAUUUUCUCGUUGAAGGUGAGUGGGGUGCUCGGCGUACAAAGCUCAGAAAGCCGGGGAAAAAAACAGAAGGAAAGAAAGGGGCCCAGUCUCCCCUCCCCAGAGACAGCAGGUUCUGUGUGCUCGGGCCCAUCGUCCCCCGCGAGGUCUGCGGCUGUCCCCCCUUCAGGGUGAUGACCUUGUGCCCCCCUGUCCUCUCCUGCCCGGCCAUGGAACCAUGAGCUCCUCACCCUGCCUCACGCACCUCUC